GGGGUCUUCCCCACCCAGGGAUUGAACCCUCGUCUCCUGUCUCCUGCAUUGGCAGGUGAUUCUUUAGUGCCACCUGGGACGCUCCAAGCCCUAAGCUGCCACGUGGGACCUUCCCGUGGGACCCACGGCUAGAAACACAGAUUAAACUCCGCUCAUCCUUUCCGCCCCAAACCAACCUCUGAGUCUGAAAAAAAACCCAGAGUGAGACGGUGGGCUUCGGCAGAACAGAAGACCUGGUGGGUCUGAUUUCUCAGCGAGCUCCUGAGGUCUGACGCUGAGCGGCGGCGCGCGGCCCAGCACGUAUCUCUGCCCUCCAUCCGCGGGCGCUGUCAGCCUGUUUCCUGCCGGGCCGGCCUGCCGGCUCCCCCAGCCCUCCCCCCUGCCUGGCCCUGCUGGUCUAAGGCAGCCCCGUCAGCAUUUACGCUCUCGCCUGCGUGGAUGUGUGCUCACGAUCCGUCUGUCCGCGUCCUGUGGGCCAGCGGUGACCUCCAGCCUCAGGUUUCCGUGGGCUGCCAUGUUCAGGGUGACUUUUCAGAUCGCCCCUCCGUGUACCAGCGAGAGGUAUUAUGAGCAUCUUGGACAAUGCUGUAAGAAAUGUGAACCAGGAACGUACAUGUCUUCCAAAUGCACCACUGCCUCUGAAAGCGUCUGUCUGCCCUGUGGCUCGGACGAAUACCUGGACACCUGGAACGAAGAAGAUAAAUGCCUGCUGCACAAAGUCUGCGAUCCAGGCAAGGCCCUGAGGGCCGUGGAGCCCGGCAACCGGACGGCGUCGCGGCGCUGCGCCUGCAUCUCCGGCUACCACUGGAGCGAGGACUGCCACUGCUGCAGCCGCAACGCCGAGUGCGCGCGCGGCUUCGGCGCCCGCCCCGUGCAGCUCAACAAGGACACGGUGUGUGAGCCCUGCCCCGCAGGCUACUUCUCCAACACCACUUCCGCCACGGACACGUGCAGGCCCUGGACCAACUGCACCGUUCUCGGAGAGAGAGAAGUGCGCCGGGGAACCGAUGAGUCAGACGUGGUUUGCAGUCCUCUCUCACCUGCAGAUCCACCGAGUGAACCGCAGAUUUACUUGCCCAGUUUAAUUAUUCUGCUCCUCUUCAUGUCUGUGGCUUUAGUAGCUGCCGUCAUCUUCGGUGUUUACUACAGGAAGAAAGGGAAAGCACUGACAGCUAAUUUGUGGCACUGGGUCAAUGAGGCUUGCGGCCGCCUAAAUGGAAAUAAGCAGGAGUCCGCAGGCAACAGUUUCAGCUGCACUCACGCGGAGGCUGGCAGCGCACGCGAAGUCUGUGAGGGUGUCUUCCUGCUGACCCUGGAACAGAAGGUGUUUCCUGAAGACACGUGCUGUCCGGAGGCGGGGGGCGCGUGCGCAGCGGCCUGUCCACCCCGGGGAGACGCCGAGAUGCUCUCCUUGGUCAACGAGAUCGAGGGGGACCCCUUCAGGCCAGUGCCCACGGAGGACGAAUACACGGACAGGCCCCCCCGGACCGCAGACUCCAUGGUGGUCCUCACCCCGCCUGGAGGCCGGUCGCCCUUCCCCGAGCCCCUGGAGGUGGGCGAGAACGACAGCUUCAGCCAGUGCUUCACGGGGACGGACAGCCUGGGGGGCUCCGAGAGCCCCCGCCUCCCCGCGCCCCCCUGCAGGACUGCGUGGAGGCCCGCGUCCCCCGAGAAGUCCUUGCACGGAGAAGCCGGGGGUGGCCGGUGCCCACACUGGGCGGCCGGUGCCCGCUCUGCCGACGGCUGUGCAGGCUGCGGGGACCCGGCUGGGGGGGACCCGGCGGCCGGACUGGGGACCCCCGCGAGUGGACCCUUGCCCCAGUGCGCCUACGGCAUGGGCCUCCCGCCCGCAACAGACCCGGCCGAGGCGGGGGGCCAGCCCCCGGACGGGGCCGCCGCCGAGCUUCCCGGCCCCGCGAGGGGGGGCCCGGGUGACCAGCCGCCUGCCUCAGGCAGUGUGACUGGAAACAGUAACUCCACGUUUAUUUCCAGCGGGCAGGUGAUGAACUUCAAGGGCGACAUCAUCGUGGUCUACGUCAGUCAGAACUCGCAGGAGGGCCCGGCGGCGCCAGGCGGCGGCGCAGGGGAGCCGGCGGGCCACCCGGUGCAGGAGGAGAGCCCGCCGCGCCGCGACUCCUUCGCCGGCCUCGGGCCGCGCUUCCCGGACGCGUGCACUGGCCUCGACGUGGGCCCAGGACUGCAGGAGCUUGGCGCCCCGGCUGCAGACAAGGCCUCGCGGCCGGUGCAGGAGCAGGGGGCGGCCGAGACGCGGCGGUGAGCGGCGAACACCCGCCACACUUCACGGCGCCGCUCGGAACCGCGGGGCCUCCACACGCGGGCCGCGCACGUCGGAAGCCGCGUCGCAGCCUGGCGGCGUGGCGUGGCGUGGCGUGGCGUGGCGUGGCGUGGCGUGGCGGGGGGCGUGGUCUCGGGGCGUGGUCUCGGAGGGGCGGGGCCAUGGGCCAGGGCCUGCGCCUUCACGCUCCUGCAUUCGGUACAGCUGCGUGAAAUGACCGGGCGUCCUUCGUCCACCUUGCUUAAAUGGAAUCGAGGACUUUCUGGGGGAAAAAAAUGUACGUUUGUUAUUACUACUCUGCCGUCCACAGUCAGGUGUCAACGCAUUGCACAGGUACACGUUGCUGUCUUCAGUCGCUCCGCUUUUUACCUCCUUUUAUAGUUUUUCUUCUCCUUUAACUUCCUAUUAUCAGCUCAUCAAUAGUUUGUCUCUUCAUGGCAUCUGUUUCUAUGGCUGUCCUGUUCCAUUUGGGUCUGUAUCCUCCCCCCCUCCUCCAUAUUUGAUAUUUGUAUUUCACUGUCUUUCAUAAAGUUUUUCUUGAUACUGUCUCCUCACCCCACCCGUUUCUUUCUUUUUACUAUUUAACGAUUUUCUUGAAAAUUCUCCUACAGGUGACGAUCUUCUUUAUAUUUCUUUGACCCCUUCUCAUAAGUAGGUGCUGUGUGUAGUGAUGGAGGGGGAGGGGGCGAGGAGUCUGUACUAAGCACUUUUGGGAAAAGACUAGGAAUGUGAAACCUGGCGGGAAGCUUGGGGAACAAGAGGAGAGACUUUGAGCUUUUGAAAACUUUUCUGAGUUCUCAAUUUUCUAAAGGAAGGGAAAAUCCUCCUAAAUAUUUUUAAGUGUGUGUCAACUUUGAGGCAGCCCAAAGCUGCAAUUUGUGUCUGACUCCUUUAAUCCAUCUCAAAAUGGUUCAUCCCCAUCCAUAUGCCAAGAUGAAUGUGCAUACCCAUCCCAGCAGAGGCAGCAAAACUUGGGUAACUAAAUCUCUAAAACUCCAGCUUGCUGCACUUGGCAUUCUCAUUCUUGAGAAUGAGAAAAACGUGUGGAAAAUGAGUAGGCUAUGGGAUGGCCUCAGUGAAAAAAAAGGUGCUGCGAAAGUUCAAGAAAGGAAGAAUAAAGAUGUUAAUGUGCAUUUUUUCUUUCUAAACAAGAAUAGCAUAAAUGUGUUUAGGCAAUAGGCCCCAUUUGCUUCCUAAAUGUGUGUCUAUAGUUUAGCCUUAUAGAAGUGGAAAACUUUCCUGUUAUUUUCCAUGCAUCUGAAUUAAAAACCAAAUCCUUAUAUUGUGAACUUAAGAGAAUUUAUCACAGAGAUGCUUUCUCUCAGCAUCAGUGCUCUUGUGAGGAAACAUACAGUGUGACUAGGUUGAAAAGAGUUACCUGGGGUGUUUCAUCUAUUGUGGCCAGUUAGCAUUUGUUUUCCUCAAAUACUAAAGUUACAAUGCCUAUUGCUGCUGCUGCUAAGUCGCUUCAGUCAUGUCUGACUCUGUGAGACCCCAUAGACGGCAGCCCACCAGGUUCCCCCAUCCCUGGGAUUCUCCAGGCAAGAACACUGGAGUGGGUUGCCA